AUGGUGUCUGGUGCGAACUGGCGAUGCACCGUAUCCAUCACAACAGCCCUGCUUUUGGGGUACAUAUUCAUUUUCCGUCCCAUCAGGAAUAUAUUCUUUCAUCCACUUAAAAAGUUCCCUGGACCCAAACUCUUUGCUGCGUCGUCAAUUCCUUACGGAUUCUGGUACAUGUCGGGCAAAUGGCAUAACAAAAUCCGUCAGUUGCACGCCAUUUACGGUCCUAUCGUCCGCAUUGCACCGAAGGAAUUGUCUUAUGCUACCCCAGAGGCGUGGGAAGACAUAUAUGGUCGUUACGUGCCGGCCAAACGCAAAGAGAAUCCAAAGCCAACGUGGUAUUGUAGCCCGGAUGCUCAUGACAUGGUAGGCGCCAGCUUGGGCGAUCAUGGUCGCAUGCGUCGCGUCAUGGCGCCGGGCUUCACCUACAGCGCCAUGUGCGAGCAAGAGCCUUUGAUCCAGGGCCAUGUCGAUUUGUUUCUGAGCAAGCUGCACGGCCUUUGUGACCAAGGGAAAUCAACAGUCAACAUGCUCGAAUGGUUCACGUACUGCACGUUCGACCUGAUUGGUGACUUGUCGUUUGGUGAGCCGUUUGGGUGUUUGGAAAACUCCAUGUUGCACCCGUGGCAGCAACUUGUCUUUGCAAACAUCUACGUCACGCACAUAAUCCUGCUGUGCAGGCGUAUACCUUUCUUCUACCUUUUUCUGCCCAUCAAGACGACGCUCCAGUUGUAUCGCGAUUUCAAGCGACACGUCGUUCUCCUACGCCAAGUCGUCGAGCGCAGAUUGACGCUAACAACACCGCGCCAUGACUUUCUGGAAAUCAUGACAGCAAGGCGGAGCACCACUCUGUACAUGACCAAGGAAGAGAUUUUCAAAAACGCCAUAUUGCUCACCGGUGGAGGCGCAGAGACGACUUCCAGCAGCCUCACGGGUAUGGCGUACAUACUGACCACCAGACCAGACGUCAAACAACGCCUUGUCGAAGAACUGCAUACCGUUUUUGCGGAGGAGCAAGACAUCAACAUGCGAAGCGUCGCUCAGCUGACGUACAUGGGCGCGUUUAUCGAAGAAGCGAUGAGAUACUACCCUCCGGGCCCCAACACGAUGUGGCGCACUACUCCUGCUGGUGGCAACACGAUCCUCGGCGAGCACAUUCCCGACAAUACCGUUCUCGGGAUUCCACACCGUGUCUUGUACCGCAGCGAAGCAUACUGGAAGCAUGCAGAUGAAUUUCAUCCUGAGCGCUGGCUACCUGAUGGCCAGCGCCCCGCCGAGUUUGACGAGGACCGUCGCGAAGGAUUUCACCCCUUUUCUUACGGCCCGCGUGCCUGUAUCGCCAUGAACUUGGCCUAUGCGGAGAUGCGUUACAUUCUUGCUCGAUUCUUAUGGAACUUUGAUAUCCAAGGCACGGAGAAGAGCGAGGGUUGGAUGGACAACCAGAAGGCAUACCUGGUGUGGGACAAACCGGGGCUAUUUGUGCAUCUGAAACCAGUUGCGAAAGAGGGCGUGGCAGAAUGA